AAGAAGACGACCACACGCGACACGCUCCGGCGAGCGACGGCUCCACGCGCGCGCACCAGCCGUACGGGUUUCCAAGUGUACUCUUGUACUUUUCCGCCUCCACGCCCAGCACCAUCCCAUAUCCGUAGCAGCACUACCUCCACGCACGAGCUUGCCCGUCAGCCUGCCUGCGGCUCCCAAGACCGACGACGGCACCUGCUCCAGCCACGACGACCGUACAGCGAAGGUGUACCAGUACAAGAAGCUUCCGGUGAGCUUGCCUGGGACUGAGGCUUCUGUGGCUCUGCCUGAAGACUGACGGCGUUGCGCAACUCUGCAUCUGCUUCUGCUGCCGCGACGACGACGACGACGGAGGCGUAGGCGUACCGAAGCUCCUUCCCCUCAUCUCCAUUCGAUUCGCAGAUUGAUCCAGGUCCAUUCAGUUCAGGCGGAGGGAACGGGGGCGACCGAAUCUGGCCGGAAUGGCGCGCCGGAGCGGAGCGCGGUCGAGCAGUCAAUCCGGGGUCCCGACUACCGCGGGGAGGGAUCAUCGUCAAAUGCGGAUCCUGCUCUAGCAUCCGAGUCCUCUCUGACUGAUCCAGCUCCCGGCUGCAAGCCUGCGCGCGAUCCUGCCGGUGCCGGUGCCGGUGCCGGGCGCUCUGAUCCGGGUAACUAACUAACCCAAGGUUUCUGCGGAGGGGAUGGACGACGACGAGUACUCGUGGGUGCGCCGCACCAGGUUCACGCACUCCGUCGUCAGGUCCAGCUCCAUCUCCGGCAGGCGCUCCUUCGACGAGCAGUUCUACCGCCGCAGCGCCACCGACCCAAAGCAGCAGCAGCAGGCAGGGUUCGACUACUCGGAGCUCAGGGCUCCCGCGCGGAGCCUGCAGCAGCCCAGGGCCAAAGCCGCCGUCCCGGCCUCGCCGGCCAGGCCGUCCAUCCCGAGGGCCAAGCCGGCAGCAGCUUCUUCGCAGGCCGCUGCGUCUUCAGAAGGUCAGCUGAAGCAGCAGCAUGCUGCUACUAGUGAUGAUGGUCUGCUGCCAGCGAUGAAGCAAGGUGGGGAGGUGGGACACAAGGGAAACAUCCUAGGCGUCGAGCCCCUGCAUAUUCCUCCGCGGCAUGCUGUUCAGAGUCCCAAGAGCCAUGGGAGCCCGGACACGCUCGAGUUCUCCUUCCACUCCGAGGAGCAGAGCCUGAGGCUGCAGAGGGUGUGCUCUAGCCCAUCUCCUUUCUCUGCGAACGACGCGACACUAUCCGCCAAACCGGAUGCACGCAGCGUGUCUCUCAGGGUCGUCGGAGACGGAUCAACGAAGCCCAAGAAAAGAUCAAAAUCGCCGAUCCCGACGCGCGUCAUCUCCGAUGUCUUCAGGGAGGCCAAAGCCGCCAGCAAGAGGUUCUCCUCCCCGCAGCGGCCGAGGAAGUCCAGCUCCGCGCGGUUCCUGGAUGAUAGCCCGCCUUUCGCCUUCUCCUCCACGAGGGUGGCGGGGAAGCUGGUCACCAAGAGGGCCUCCUCCUGGCCGAGGAACUCCGAUGCUAGGGUGGCGAAGGUCGCUGCGCUGGAGAUACUUGAGAAGUGGACGGUCGACCGCUCGCAGCUGCUCAUCGGCCAUAAGUUUGCGGCGGGGGCUUAUAGCCGUUUGUUCCACGGAAUCUACAAGGAGGAGCCUGUUGCAGUCAAGUUUAUCAGGCUGCCUGAUGAUGACGAAGAUGAGGAAUUGACUGCUCGCCUGAAGAAGCAGUUCACUGUCGAAGUCACCAUUCUAGCUCGGCUCAAUCAUCGUAAUGUCAUUAAGCUGGUUGGAGCAUGUAGCUGUCCACCUGUCUUUUGUGUCAUCACCGAGUUCCUGUCUGGAGGUUCUUUGAGGUCUUUUUUGCGCAAGCAGGAGUGCAAACAACUUCCGCUGGAGAAGAUUCUCUCCAUUGCCUUGGACAUUGCAUAUGGCUUGGAAUAUGUUCAUUCGCAAGGAGUAAUCCACCGUGAUGUGAAACCUGAGAACAUUCUAUUUGAUGGAGAAUGUUGCGCAAAGGUUGUUGAUUUUGGAGUAGCUUUUGAAGACGUAUACUGCAAUACAUUGGAAGAUGACCCAGGUACAUAUAGAUGGAUGGCGCCAGAAAUGUGUAAGCGGAAGCCGUAUUGUCGGAAAGUUGAUGUUUAUAGUUUUGGCCUUGUCUUGUGGGAAUUGGUUAGUGGUUCAAUGCCUUAUGAAGAGAUGACCCCGCUCCAAGCAGCUUUCGCGGUUGUUAAUAAGAACUUGAGACCGGUUGUUCCUUCGAACUGCCCGGCACCAGUACAACAAUUGAUGGAGCAAUGCUGGUCCGUUCAACCAGACAAGAGGCCUGAGUUUAGUCAAAUAGUUAAAACUCUUGAAAAUCUGAAGAAGGUUCUUGAUAGAGAUGGAACACUUGACAAGAUCCUAGGCGCCAGCUGCCAGGAAGCUCAGGACCAAAACAAGAACAGGCUUGCGAACUGGAUCCAAAAGCUCUCAUAUAGCCAGCCUGAUUUCUCAGGGACUCCACCGCCAAAGCUACUGUAAUUAUGUGUCCUUCCCUUCUCCCCCGAAAUGUGUCCCGUGAUAGAUCACAACUCUGAAAAUCAAUUUUUCUAUGUAUAUAAACACAAAACUACUGAAGACGCAUUUUAUUUACAGAACACAAUAAAAACUUGUCCGCAUUUUGUCUC